UAUUUUCGAGAGCUAUUCAAAUGAUAAAUUACAGAAUCAUAAUUGCUCAUCUAGAUUAAAUGAUCUCAUAAAAUGUGUCCAGUAAUUGUUGAUAACCCUAUUACUACUUUGUAUGAUGCUUUCCUAUGGAAAUCUAAAUUGGUAAACCCUCUUGUUAUCGUUGUCGCCUUUUAUGGAGAGGUUUCAGAGCCGAAUUAUACUGUUCAUGUGGAUGUUAAAUGGACGUGCACCUGAAUCUGCGCAAUUUUCUUAAACCUCAAAUACCAUAUUAACACCCAACAUCGUCCCGGAGCUACGGCGCUCCAUUUGAUUUAAAUUCUCUAAACUUUGGUGUGAUUUUUGAUGAGGUGUUUCCAUCGUGAUCAUUUCGAGCUGGGCGAUCAGUGACGACUCUCGAUGACGACAGCGUGCCGCUGCAGCCGCCUUUCUCUUUUUGUACCCUGCUGCUGGCACGCUUGCCGAAUACCAGCGACUGUUGUGGACGCUUUAGAAAAUGCGACAUUCAACCAACAGUGGAACGAAACGCCUCGGUAGACAGAUGCCGUCGUCGUGUUGUUCGUUUAGGUUUAUUUUGUGCCUGUGAUCUUUUAGUGUUAGUCCAACGUAUUAGCGGAAAAGUUAAUCAAUCCCAUUUUAACUCGACUAAGAGGCUUCAAGCUUAAUAGAAGAUCGAAUGCCUAUUCCAAGCUACUAUUGUUUGCUGUUUACACAUUUCGACUAACCCACAUCCUAGAUUGCUCAUUCUGUAGUGCCUUUUUUUUAUUGUUUCAAUUAUUUUCGUCUACGGAAGUCGCCUAAAGCUCCUUCAACUGCAGUCUUUUUGUGAUUUUUCGCGAUUGUUAAAGACUAAUGUGAUUUUUGCGAUGUAGUUGAUGUUCAACUACUGAUCAACCAAACUCCCUCAAUCCAGAUGUAACUGAAAACCACCCGUAUAUUAAUGACGUAACGCCAUCAAUAACAAUAAUUGCCAAUCAUGAAUCAUCUUACGAGGGAAUCUAUUUUGAAGUGUGUAUAUGAACCUGCCUCAAGUGCCGGACAGUGAGGCAAAAAAAAAACAAAAGAUACUCCCGAGUGAAGCAAGCUGUGAUUUGCUGCCCCGUAUCAAAUGUUUCUUCCUGGAGGCGCUGUUCCCGUGAGCUUGAACCACCAAUUGAUCGUCAGCCUCAUAAAACAUGGUGCUUUUCCAACGACAGAAGCACCAACUGGUUGUGAACAUUUCGAACUGGAUGGAAAGUGAAUCAAACGUCGUUGGCUUUGCGUGCAGUCGUAACACAUCCCAAACCGUCCAUAGCUGUCAAGUAAGAGAAUAAGCUAAAAGCAUUCAGAAUGUACCAGCUAGCCGAUCUCACCGGAGAUGGUUUCUGGUUUUACGGGACGCUGUUGUCGAUCGGGAUCCUGGUGACCUUGGUAACGACCCUGGCAUCAUGUUUGUGCUGCCGAAAGCAGGAGAUCAAGGCUUCCAAUGCUCCGCAUCGAAGUUUGCCGGACAUUCCUACCGUUGAAACCGUUGGCGAUAAUAAUUCAGAACUAUAUGCCACGGUUGGCGAUAAGGUGCAUGAACUCCCUCAGGGAAGAAGUCCUACAUCCAGUCUCAAAAAACAAGCGAGUGUAUCCCAGCACAGUUCCAUCAGUCAGGCGGAUGAUAUCAGUUCGCCGUAUGCGCGAGUUCGAUCGCCACCGCAUGCGUACGACAAACUGCGCCGAACCGAGCAUCCGUAUGCGCAGGUUGUUCAACCGGGCAGUAGCAGCGGUUCGGCGCUGGUCGCCACUAUUGCCGAUGACGAUGACGAGCUGCUGAGUCCCAUUUCCAGACGCGGAGGACCAACUGCGGCUGGGACAUCCGGAACUGGAGGUGAUUCCAGCCAAAGUUUGCUGGAUGAUCGGGAAGCUUCUUCUGUCGAUAUUCCCGCAGCCUCGGCGAUAGCAGGCCGUGUUUCGGCUAGCCAGGACCUCCCCUACAUGACUCCUCCGAUUGUGCAGCCACCACAGCAGCACUUCAGCGGAGACUCGCAGGACUCCUCAAAAGGUUACACCAGUAUCAGCGUUCGCGAACCGCUAGCCAAUCUGUUACCACAAUCGUCGCAAAACCAGUCGACUGCACAAAGACGUCAAAUGUUGGGCGAUUCUCACUAUGCUACUGUUUCGGAUGAUUCUGACGAAAUGUACGCUGCUAUCGAUGAUCCCAACAAUCAAGGCGAUUUGUACACAAGCGGCUCGGAAACGUACGCGCAAAUUCAACCACCUAACAUGGUAACGGUUUCGGUCGAGAUCAAUACCGGGGCCUCGAGUCGGCCUGCGAUGAGUCAUCAGGAAGAUUCGAUGGAUGCCCUACAACCGCUUCCAGCCAAUAUUUCCGCCAUUUCCAGCUCAUCUACAACGACUCACAACAGGUUGAGCACCAUCAGUGGCACCAGUGGGGUAUUGGCCGAGGAAACGACCUCCAAUCAUCCGCCUCCUCCAUCGAUCGACAGUCUAAGAGCGCAUCAGACGCACACUUCCUAUGCGCAUUCACGCCAAGCAUCUAAUUCAAGCUGUACCAGUUCAGUAGGCAACCUAGGCUCUCCAAAGCCUGAAAAACGCCAGGCUAAUUCGCCACUUCCGCCAACGCCAAAGAACCUCAAACAUCAGACGAGUAACAACUUUUUCAGUAAUUCGAAUCUAACGUCAAUCAGCUCCAAUACAUCAGUUCAAACGAUUCAAUCGGGUCGAAACUCGGCAGCAUCGGUGAUCGAAUACAAAACCUCGCGCGAGAAUAUCUCCAAAACAGACGAACAACAACAGCUGGCCAACGGGUCUGCUGGAAAGCCUAAAAAGAGCCCUUCCAAAGAUUUGGAAGGCAUGUAUGCCAAGGUUAUGAAAAAGAGUAAGCUGUCCAAAGCGCCAUCACAAAAUUCGAGCCCUGUUCCAUUACGCAAAGAAGGAGUCCAUCCCUCGGAAGGUGAACAGUUUGUAUCAGAAACGGAAGUGUCGCAACUAAACGGCAGCGGUUCAGUACAUGGAUCACCAAGUAAAAAACCGCUACCAGUAAUAAGUUCUGGAAACGAUUACGAAACAUUAGAUAAAAAACAAAUCAGAAAGCAGAACGAUCCAGGAUACGAAACAAUUCCCGGAGAUGGCAGUGUUAAGGCUUCUCAAGAAAUGCGCAGAUCUGCCGAUUACGCCCAGAUACAAAAAAGAAGCACCGGUUUAGCUGUGGCGCAGGGAAUUCAGAGUGUGUCCAGGAAUUCGCUUGAAAUUUUUCAAGGUUUGGAAAAAUCGGCCGAUAGUGAACCUGGUUAUGAAAGUUUACCAGGCAGCAACGAUCCCGGUUACGAAACUUUGAAUAGAGGUCGUGCUGAAUCCGAUUCCGAUCCGAACUAUGAAAUUCUUCGACCAGCGAGGGAUAAUGACGGAUACAGUAGCAUAAGAGAUAAAAGAACGGUAAAAAAUCGACUAGAUUUUGGGAAGGAUUCGGACACUGACAGCACUCCUGGAUAUAGCAGUAUCAAAGAACGAGUGGAUUUUGAUCCAGGUUACAGUGUGAUAAGUGAAAAAAAGAAACCAUCAGUUAUGCAUGAUUAUGCGAGCAUUACGGAAGAAACUAAACGAAAAAAACAAAACCUAAACAACAAUAACGUAGACCCGGGUGAGGAAUCGGACAUCUACUCGAGCAUAACGAACGCCCCAAUGGUGGGGAACGCAACGACUCCCAAUUAUUCCACCAUUCCUGAACCAACAAACGUCACCUCGUCACCCGGCUAUUCGAGCAUUUCGGAAACGCGAACGACGCCUUCCACCGAGAGUACGAGCUCACCAGACAACCUUAUCGGGUACGCUAAACACAACAAUACCGCAACGAACAACAGUAAUAGUCGGCUGUCUUCCAACUAUGAAUCUCUGACAGGCAGCGAGUCGGAUCCUAACUAUGAAUCCGUUAAAUAUCUCAAUGUGAAAGAGAAUCCUUACGAACGACUGCACAACGAAUCUGGUCAGACACCGUCCACAGCCGGUGCCUCUUCCAACGAUUCCCUGUCUAAAUCAUCGGAAUCGGCCACACCCGGUGCAACGACGGCUGCCGAUGGGUUCACUUCUGAUCGGGCAACGCCCAUUGAUCGUCCUCCCAGCAGCAAAACUCCUUCCUCGACGUGUGAACUGGAAACCAGUGGCGUUAGUGAUUACUUCCAAGUCUGAUCGAACCUGUAGGCAGCUCAGCACACUCUAAGAAAAAAAAAACACACACAAAAGGAAAACUCCCACCGGAUCAAACCUUCUUCUUUCCGUGCCGUCGUCUUCGUCGUGUGCAAUGUGAAUAGUUUUACCAGUAUUUCCACCCGCUAUAAGUGGAAUGUAUUUGUUUUUCAACCGCGUACCCAGUCACGCCCCGCAAAAAUCAUCGACUACAUCAAAGUAUAUUUAUAUUACUGUACUAAAAAUACGUUAUUUAAGGUAAGGCUUCAGAUGGUUUAAUAUAUUUCGAGUGCAGCUUAAGGCGUACACAUAAGGUUAGUAUUACUUAAGAAUUGCAAUGCGAUUCGGAUGUUUCCCAUUUUUGGGUCCCACAAUCCAAAUCGAUUUUUUUUUUCUUUCUUCUGGUACAAGUCAGAAGCGACAAGAGCAAGUAAUGAUAUUUGUUUAUCAAUCGUGUUUAUUAACGAUUUAAUAUUUCAAGAAGUCACAAAAGAGAAAACGGUAAACGCGCACCAUUAGAUAUUUUUGUUUUAAACUCUCCACUAUAAUGAGAAAGUGAGAAUCUUUGAUAAAAUCUAGAGAAAACAAAUCUCGCGGUGGUUUCGUUUUCAGAAAACGAGCGCUCGGAUUAACACGCGUAAUAUUGAAAAGAUUUGAUCGAUGCAAAAGUUUUAGGAUAGCUCACUUAUUUAUUGUUAUUGACCUUCGACGACUGCGCAUUUUACUCGAAUGGUUUUCUUAACCAUCGAAAAUUCACGUUUUGGCUUCUUUUUGAUUUCUCCCUUUGGAUUCCAUUUGAAACGUUUUAAGAACCCGUAAAAGUUACAUUCCAGCGAAAUUGUUUCGGUAUUGAUAUUACGUGUAAAAGAAAUUCGCUUAUACCAGCCUAUCUAGAACUAUUAUCAUUUAAUUAUUCUUCAUGUGAAUUAGUAGUACUCAUCACGCAAGUAGAGCAGAACAAUGGUUGUCAUUUGUUAGCUGGACAAUUAAUUUUGGAAUAAUAAUAAUCCAAGAACGAUAGUUUAGAAAAAAGCUGACGUGAAAAAUAGGAAAUCAUUUGUUGUUAACCAAAUUUUGUUGUAAAUUUUUAUUGUUAAAAACAAGUAAGUUCCAUUUUUUAGGAGGUACAACUAUUGCCCCUGCCCCUGCCUCUUACUAUCGUGUGAGUAGUCCUAAUUCAUAAAAAUAAAAUACCUAAAUAUUCCAUCGGAGAAUCAAUUGAAGGCAAAAACCAAAUUAGCAAAAUAACACCAAUUGAAAGUAUUAUACAGAUACUUUCUUUCGUAAACGAUCCAGUAUAAGAAACUUGAUGAAUAAACUCAUAAUUGAACAAUG